AUGCGUUUUUACAAAAGUAGCUUUGCCGUCUCAAAAGUGAAAGACGCUUUUCCCCAUCCAAUUGCCCGAAUUCCCGGAUAUCCUGCGAGGAAAUCGUGUAUAUUAUUGGUGUUAUAUAGAUACCUUAAAAAAAACAAGAUUCGCGAGGAAGCUUUGCGAUCGGCUAAACUCAAGGGCUAUUUUGCGGCGAAUCCCCGCGAGAGGGACGUGUUGUCGACGGACAAACAAUUGCACACGUUGAAGAUCACUUGUCCUGCUUUGGGCGAUGUGCCCGAUUAUAUUGUGCCAAAAGCUCUGCGCGGUGUCGAUUACAACGCAGGUCAGAAAGUGAAACGACGAAAUCGUGGAAUCAAGGCAAACAGGGCUCAGGUUUGUUUAAUUGUUCAAAAGCUC